AGCAGCUAGUCUAUUGUAUACCAUUAUAACUUUCUUUCCAGCUGCCAUCCAUCAUCAUUAUGACAGGGCUGAAGCUGUUAUUGCUUCAAAAAUUCUUUCAGGGAAAUACAGUACUAAAACAUCAAAGAAACUUGGUUAUUGCUUAGCAUUACUUCCAAAAUCGAAAGGAGAUGAGGAUAGCUGGUCCCUAAUGAUGCAGAAAAUUUUGUUAUCAAUAAACGACCUCCUGAAUGAUGCUUUCCAAGGUGUAGAAGAAGAAGCUAAAUCUGAUGAAGCUAGGAGAUUAUUGGUUCCUCUGGGAAAAGAUCUGCCAUCUCCUUUAGGUCAUACCCCAUUAGAAGGUGCCUCUCAUGAGGCAACAAGGAGUUCUGAGAGAUUGCCUGCAUCAACUGUCUCUACUCUGAUAUUUUGCUGUUGUAAAAUGCUUACAAGUUCAUAUCCCAUUCAGGUGACUGCUCCAAUUCGUGCCAUGUUAGCUCUUGUUGAGAGGCUGCUGAUGGUUGAUGGUUCUUUGCCACACACCAUGUUGCCCUUUAUGACUGCCAUGCAACAUGAGUUAAUUUGUUCUGAACUUCCAGUCUUUCAUGCUUACGCUUUGGAACUUCUCAUUGCAAUUAUAAAGGGGAUGCGCAGGCAACUAUUACCGCAUGCUGCAUACGUUGUGAGACUUGUUACAAGGUAUUUCAGGAGAUGUGCACUGCCAGAAUUGCGGAUAAAGCUCUAUUCAAUCACUAGGAUGUUGCUUAUAUCAAUGGGUGUUGGGAUGGCAAUAUAUCUUGCACCGGAUGUCAUUGACAAUGCAUUCAAUGAUCUGAAUUCUUUUGGUGAUGAAGAUGCUGAAACAUCCCCUACAAACAUAGGACCCUCUACUGGAGCUUCACCACAGCCUAGCAAUAGGAAAAGAAAGCAUGGUACUAAAACUGGAUCUGUUGAAGAGAAACAAACAAUUAGUUCAGAAGUGGAGGCACCGAAUACACAUCAAACGACUCCAAUUACUGUAAAAAUUGCUGCACUUGACACUUUGGAAGUUCUUCUCACAGUGGGUGGUGCUUCAAAAUCCGAGAGUUGGUGCUCAAGGAUUGAUAGUCUUUUGAUAAAGACAGCAACAAAUUCUUGUAAAGGGGGGUGGGGGAAUGAGGAAAACAACAUUUUUCUGCCUCAUGAAUCAACCUCGAUAUGGGUAGAUUUCCAGCUCUCAACAUUACGUGCACUCUUGGCAUCAUUCCUUGCCCCAGCUCGUAUCCGCCCACCAUUUUUAUCGCAAGGUCUUGAGCUUUUCCGUAAAGGUAAGCAAGAAGCUGGAACAAAGCUUGCAGGAUUUUGCGCCUCUGCGCUGUUAGCACUGGAGGUGCUUAUACAUCCUAGGGCCCUUCCAUUGGAUGAUUUCCGCUCUUCUUAUCAGACCUUUACUGAUGGAGCUAGCCACAGAUUCCCAGAAAAUAUGCCCUUCUAUGGUCAGAAGGGUGAUACCAUGUUUUCCAAAUCCAUGCAGGGAACAGAACAAAGUGCUCUCAAGUCAGAUGAUGAUGAUCUAUAUGACAGGUGGCUACAAAAUGAAAAUGAAAAUGAAAAUGAAUAUGAAAACAUCCCUGUGGAGAAUAUGGAUGCUAAAAGAUCAAGAUUCAACCUUGCAGAGAAACCUUGUGCAAAUGAUUCAUCAUUUACCAAUAUUUUAGAGGUAAGUGAACAAGAACUAGCAGCACCUGAUGCAGAUGUGCAUAUGAGAGGCGAGGAUGAAAUAAUGGUGCAACCCUGGCACUCUCAAGAAUCAAUUCAACAGACUCAAGAAAUUGUUUCUGCCAAAGGUGUCACGAGUCCUGUGGUCGCUAGAAAUCCUGAGGGCACUGAAAUAGAAUUUAAGGCGGCUGUUUCUACCAGUGAUGGAUUAAACCAUACAGAUCAUGAUAUUGUGUCUAAUGUAUCGGCCGAUAAAGUUGAUGGUUUUGAUUAUGUUUAUGGAAACACAUCCUCGACCAUAUCAAAUGUCGAGAAGGUUAAUGCAUCUGUGGCUCAUUUGGAUAGUGACUCAUCUAUGGACUCAUUUCCCGAUAUUGUUGAUGCUGAUCCAGAUACUGAUUCAGACUAGGAAAUAGGUUGCGCUCAUGAGUAAACUCAGAGCAAGGCAAGGAGGAGAAGAGCGAAUGUUUCCAUUCUUUCUUUCAUUUUAAGUUGACAUUAGGUUAAGGAGAAUGGACAGUAUCAAUCAUGAGGCUUGAGGACUUGUAGUCAGAGGGGAUAACUGGUACGUUUGGAUUGACACAGGAGUCAGAAUUGAUAUCAAGAGAAAAUUUGUUCUUACCCAAAAGGAAAAAUAUUAUGAUUGAUUCUUGUUGAGCCAGCAAUGUGUGGCGAUUGGAGUUAUGGUGGUUGGGGUGACGAAAGGUGGUGCCAUGGGGAGGGUUUGAAACAUGAACAAAGCCAUUUGAGAACCAACAGAAGGUGCUGCAUUGUGAAGAGGUGGUGAGUGAGAGUUUUUAGUAGCUUUCACUUUGAAUUUUCCUUCUUCACUCUGUAAACAAAUGGGAGAUAUUUUUCUCUGCAACAAUUUAGUUGCACAACCACCUUCAUUAUUGUACAAGUACUUGUAGUCAAUCCCUCACAAGGGUCUUGCUUAAACCGCUUUGGUUGGUUAGACUUGGAGGCUUCGCACUCCUCCUUUUGUGUAACUCAAAACAUUUUGGAGUCUAUGGUCUAUUUGUUUUCAAGUAAAUUAUUUUUCAAAAUAUAUUUUCCAGUAAUUUUAACUA